AUGAAAUUUUUACUUCUUUUACUGUUUUGCCUUCAACACUACCUUUCCUAUGCAUAUACCUUGUCUAACUGGAAAGAUAUUCAUGAAGAUGUAGAAGUUCCGACUGAUGUUUCACCUGAUGAGCAACAAAGAUUUCACAUUCGCCGUUCCAAUCGGUCGUCUGAAGUCUUUCUACACAUAACCCCAUGUGGAGGAACGGUGCAUUGGAGACUAUAUAGCUUGAAAUGCGAUUUUGCUGAAAUCGAACAUUUAUAUGCUUUCACUGAUUCACCUGAUGUCCAAUUGGUUGCUGGAGAAGCAGAUGAUCAACGAAUGAAAUUUUAUUCAAAAAAUUUACCAUACGAUGAUCUCUUACUUGUCGUGACAGCACCAGCAUUGGUUUCAGUUAACAUCUUUGUGUCAACAUCUAUGGAUAAAAUAAAUGACUUUUAUCCACCUUUACCACAUGAUACCCGAGUAGUUUAUGCUAUAGAACAAGAGAAUGAUGCUGAGAAAAAACAAGCUUUGAUCAACUGGAAGAUUUCUGAUAGUAUUAGAUAUGCAAGUGAUCCUAGCCGGUAUAGAAUUUGUGCAGUUGUUUCAAAGCGCCAUCCAGAUUGGGCUGCUUGCGACCUCUUGGAUGAAGGCUUAGAGUCUAUCCAUUGCGUACCAAAUAAUAAUAAUUCAAUGAUUAUCGACAAUUUGAGAGCUGGACGUCGUUAUUAUAUUCUCCUGUUUGUUCGUGAUAUGUUGCGAGGAACAACGUCUUCUUACGAAGCUCUGGAGAUUAAUUUUAGAAAGUCUCGCGACACUCCAGUCAAACAUCCCAAAAAAGAUGAAGUUCGACUUCUCAUGGACUCUACCCUUCAAACAGCCAUCUUACCGCCAAAGAAAGAUUCCAGCUUAAACUUCUUCUAUGCAGUUCCGUAUGAAACUCCACGUAUUCAAAGGGUACUUCUCAUUGCUCAUGCAUGCAAUGGACCCGUGCGUAUCACCAUCUUCCGUAAUGGUAGAAUGCUCAAGAAGACUGAACCAUUCAGUGGAUACAGAAGAUUUUUGGUUAUGAAUCUCCGAAUUGCUGGCCAAUUAAGAUUUGAAGUAUCUAAUGAUGAUUCUGAACCUAAAUCUGUCCGUUUAUGGGCAAGCACCAGAGCAGAUAAAUCUCCAUAUCCCAACUUACCAGAUGACACCAGUAUCAAAAUUGUUCGUCGAACCUGUCGAUCAGCAACUCUUCAGUGGCUCCGUGCUGCAGAUAAGAAAGCUGAAUAUUGUAUUUAUCGUCGGAAAGAAAAUGCUCAUUAUUUGGAGCAUCUGGUGAGCAGAGUUGAUAAUCUAUGUGAAGGUGGUUUAACAUCCGAGCUUGUUGGUUGCUAUCAUCAUAAGGGACCGAAAUCAAAAGACAUUAAGGACAUAUUAGGAGUUAUUGAAACGACAAUUACUGGCCUCGAACCUCAAUCAACGUAUAGAUUUGACCUUCUGGCAACUCCACUACGUAGACGUGGAGGACAAUCUUUACCGUAUCGCACCGUUUGGGUUAGAACUUCAGAAUGCUAA